CCGCCCCGCCCCUCACUCAGGCCCGAGGCGCGGCGGGAGGCUGGCGGCCGUGCGGGCGCCAUGGGCGCGCUGCUGUGGUGGGACCAGCUGCGGGCCGGCAGCUCGGAGGUGGACUGGUGCGAGGACAACUACACCAUCGUCCCCGCCAUCGCCGAGUUCUACAACACGAUAAGCAACGUCUUGUUUUUUGUUUUACCACCCAUAUGUAUGUGCUUGUUCCGUCAAUACGCGACCUGCUUCAACAGUGGAAUAUAUUUAAUAUGGACUCUGCUAGUUGUGGUUGGAAUUGGAUCUGUUUACUUUCAUGCCACCCUCAGUUUCCUGGGCCAGAUGCUGGAUGAGCUGGCUAUUCUCUGGGUCCUGAUGUGUGCUCUUGCCAUGUGGUUCCCUAGGAGAUACCUGCCCAGAGUUUUUCGGAAUGACAGGAGCCGAUUUAAAGCUGCUGUGGGUGUCCUGUCUGGAGUUACUACCUGCCUCGCCUUCAUUAAGCCUGCCAUCAACAAUAUCUCGCUAAUGACUCUGGGUGUUCCCUGCACAGCUUUGCUCAUUGCUGAGUUGAAGAGGUGUGAAAACCUGCGUGUGUACAAACUGGGUCUCUUUUCAGGUCUUUGGUGGAUGCUAGCACUUUUCUGCUGGAUCAGUGACAAAGCAUUUUGUGAGAUCUGGUCCUCAUUUAACUUCCCCUAUUUGCACUGUGUUUGGCACAUUUUGAUUUGCCUUGCGGCAUACCUGGGCUGCGUCUGCUUUGCUUACUUCGAUGCUGCCUCUGAGAUCCCUGAGCAGGGCCCUGUUAUAAAGUUCUGGCCCAGUGAAAGAUGGGCAUUCAUCGGCGUUCCCUAUGUCACCCUCCUCUGUGCACACAAGAAGUCACCUGUGAAGAUCACAUGAAGUUGGCCAUGGAACGGGGAUGGAGUUUAAACUUACAUUCCAGCACAGACAGUAUUUAAAUAAUGAUAAAUGAAUAGGGUUGUAUUUUAUCUUCUUCCUAAGAUAUGCAGCACUUCAGGUGUCGUAGAAAGAGGAGGCAAGUGUGUUCUUUCCCCUCUAUGGAGAGGAGAGAGGAGGCAGGAAGGUGGAGGCUCUUGAACUCUAAAGUAACCACUAGCGUCUGUGGUUGGCUGUGUUUUCCACUGUGUUUUCAACGUAGCAUUUCUCUUGAUAAAAGCUCUUUCCAAAUACCAGGAUCAAGGAAUGAUGUUUCUGCAGCUAGUCACCUCUGGUGCUUGAUUUGCUUCUUUUGUAAAUUGGCUUAAGGCCUUCUUUAUGAAAGAAGCCAGUCCAAGAUGCCUACAUGCCAUCCUGUGUCCCUCUCAGCUCUGAUUUUGAUGUGGCUGCACCUGGCCACAAGAGUGUGCUGGAAGCACGUGCUUCUCCCAGCCUGGCAUGUAAUACGGGGAGUCCGGCUGUGCAUCACAUUGAAUCAUGGAAUAUAUGGUUGCUUCCCCAAGUACAGCAUGAGACCAGUGCAAAGUAUUUGCAGCUGGGUAACUGAAUCAGCGCAGUUAGGCAGUGUAAAUGCAAGAAUAGCUGACAGAAGAUUCAGUCCCUAAAACUAAUUAGGAGUUCAAGGUUUUUUUCAAUUUUUCUGUAUUUCCACUGACCUGUGGAUGUUUCUAUGCUGCCUCUCUACCUCUGCAGACACGUUUUGUCUUGAAUUUGGCAUUGAAGCUCACACAGAAGUGUGAACAUUAACUUCAGUAAGAGCUCAGGUUAGCAUGGAUUGACAUUGUGAUUAAACUAUCAAAACUCAUAGGUGCCUAGCUGUACGUCUAAUUUGAGUUAACUUCUCACCAAUGCAUUGCAAAGUGACGUGAACAAUAGGCUGGUGAUCUGCUAGUUAUUCUUGGGAAAAAAGUAGAUAACCACUUAAAAACCAAGCUGAAGACUUAGGUUUCAGUGAGUAAUGAAAUGUGACAUUGAAUCUUGUAUUCUUACGAGAGAAUAGUAGAUUCAAAUUUUCUGUUUGUUUUCAGCCCAUUCUGUAAAGAUAAGGGAUGUCUAGAUCCAUUUAGUUUUAAGGUUGUACUUUGAGUUUGAGGUUGAGGAAUGGCUAUGGUUCUUGCAAGCAAUUUCUGCUAGGUCUGUUUGAAAAAUGAUGCAAAGUGCAGGCAUGUUUUUCAAAUAUUAGCAAUUGUAGCUGCUAAUAGCUCCAGACUUGCAGAAAAUAGGGUCUGCUUACAUUCCACCUUAUGUCAGAACUGUAAGUGGAUUAAGGCUUUGGAUGUAGACAUUAUUGAUAACUGAUAAUUCCUUUUAAUAGUAGACCAGGAAAUACCAUUUCCUCUGUGCUUUGCUAAGAAGUCUCAUGUUGUACCUGUACAGUAUCAUCUUUAGGAAAGUGGCUUUUAACAAGAACUUUGGGGUGAAUUAACUUCCAAGCAUUGUAAAACCUUUCAGAUAACUUUUGUAUUCAAAUUUAUGCUUAGAAAACAAGAGCUAAGGUGUAUGCUGUUACACUUAAAAGCAAAGUUGUUAGUGGGAGAUAGGACUGUAUUAUUGAGAACUUCAAAGCGGGUAAGUAGUCUACUGUCAGAUUGACUGACAUCAUAAAAGCAGCAAAAUCUGUGCAGUGGAACAAUGCAGAUUUGUACUACUUGCAAGUAGAUCUGCUGGGAGAAAUGUGGUUUUUGGACACGCAGUCAUAUAAUUUUUGUAUGAAACUUGUUUAUUCAUACAGUAAUGUUUGUUACUCUUUGAAACACAGCUGUUGUUUCUGUUUCCUUCCUCUCUUCCUGAUUGUGAAAUGCUGAGUUUCAAACACUUCUCAGGUAUUAAAAGUCCUUACACAGAAAAGAUCCUUACACAGACAGGUUUGCUGGCUGGAACCCAGCUAAAUUUGCUGAUGCCUGACAUGGUCCUACUUUGAGUAAGACUUUUCUAUACUGUUUGCUAAAUUAUUAUGUUAUAGUAAAUAAUUUAUUUUCAGUAUUGCUUGGGAAAUUAGUAACUGCAGACAUAAUGUACUAUUCAAAUUCACUGGAGCCUUUCUACUGAGUAUUUUGUUUGAAAGCAACUCUGACUCAAAGGGCUCUAAUCAACCUGCUGUCAACUGCUGUCUUCUGCUCUGCAGUCUGACUGCUCACAAAGAAGUAAUUUAUAGCUUAAAAAAAUGGCACUAGUGCAUUCAACUAUUGCAGAGGUGAAUGAAUGCAGGUCCAGGCCAAGAAUCAUCUCCUGUAUUUUUAUUAACUAACCUCUAGCCUUUAUACUCUUUAUAGGAUGUUCUGUGAACAAAGAUCACUAUCUGUUAUUCAAAGCUCCACUGUAGAAUUGGUUGUGAAUAUUCUACUGUAACAGCAGCUCACUACUUUUAGAUGUAGCUACUGCACUUUACAUUAAAUUAA